UUGUCUACCUCUAGAUCAUGCCCAUGGCCUCUCAAUCCCAACCGCUUCACUUUAUUUUGUUUCCUCUCAUGGCUCAAGGCCACAUGAUUCCUAUGAUAGACAUUGCCAAAUUGUUGGCACAAAGAGGUGUGGUUGUCACCGUGAUCACCACAACACAUAACAAAGCCCGUUUCGAAACAUGUUUAGCUCGUGCUAUUGAAUCUGGGCUCCAAAUCCGAGUGAUCCCACUUGAAUUUCCAUGUGAAGAGGCAGGAAUACCAGAAGGGUGUGACAAUCUUGACAAGCUGCCUUCAUUAGAGUUGGGCACGAAUUUCUUCACUUCAACAUGCAUGCUACAUCAGCCAGUGGAAGAUUUGUUUGAGAGGCUGACACCACAGCCAAGCUGCAUAAUCUCCGACAUGUGCUUGCCGUGGACAAGUGAUAUUGCUCUCAAAUUUCACAUUCCAAGGAUUUCUUUCCUCGGAGGAAGUUGCUUUUGUCUCUUGUGCUUUCACAAUUUACGUGUUCACAAGGCUCAAGAGAAGGUAUCCUCCGAGUCAGAGUAUUUUGUAGUGCCUGGCUUGCCUGACCAGGUUGAAUUUACUAAAUCCCAACUACCUUUUCCUAGAGAUUCAAGAAUGAAGAAACUUAGUGAGCAAAUAGCAGCAGCUGACUCAGCCUCAUAUGGGGUCAUUGUAAAUACUUUCGAAGAGUUGGAAUCAGCAUAUGUCAAAGAAUACAAGAAAGCAUGGGAAGAUAAAGUCUGGUGUGUUGGCCCUGUUUCGCUUUGCAAUAAGGAUCGCUUAGAUAUGACUGAGAGAGGUAACAAGGCCUCUAUUGAAGUGUAUCAAUGCAUGAAGUGGCUUGAUUCUCAGGAGCCCAGUUCUGUAGUCUAUGUCUCCCUUGGAAGCCUAUGUAAUCUAACACCUUCGCAAUUGAUAGAGCUUGGGUUGGGUUUAGAAGCGUCAAACAGACCAUUCAUUUGGGCUAUAAGGGAAGGAAAUGAGUCAAAAGAAUUGGAAAAAUGGGUUUUAGAAGAGAGGUUUGAAGAAAGGAUCAAAGGGAGAGGCCUUUUGAUUUGGGGUUGGGCUCCACAGUUACUCAUAUUAUCAAAUCCUUCAGUUGGAGGGUUCUUAACGCAUUGUGGUUGGAAUUCAACCAUAGAAGCAAUAUGUGCUGGGGUGCCAAUGCUAACUUGGCCACUAUAUGGAGACCAGUUUAUCAAUGAGAAAUUAAUAGUGCAAGUACUAAAAAUUGGUGUGAGGGUUGGGGUGGAGGAUCCUUUACAGUGGGGUGAGGAGGACAAGAUUGGGGUGUUGAUGAAGAAGGAAGAUGUUAAGGGGGCCAUAGACAGGCUAAUGGAUGAAGGAGAGGAAAGAGAAGAGAGGAGGAAAAGGACUAGAGAGCUUGGGGAGAUUGCGAAGAGAGCUGUUGAAUUUGGGGGAUCUUCUUACUUCAACUUGAUACUGCUAAUUCAAGAUAUAUGCAACAAGCAGAAUAUGGCAAAUCAGCCUAACACACUUCUAUUAUAAGUGAUGGCCAUCUAAUGUAAAGUGCACAAUUUGUUAUAGGUAAUUUGUUUACAUUAUAGCUGCUGCUUAUCUUAGAUAUGAAAGAAGAUUACAGUGCAAUAAUCUUUCACUUCCCAUUGUUUCACCAACAACU